AUGCACACUCUCGCCCGUGAAAAACCGUUAGCCGCCGUGUUGUGUCCACAGUUUCAGGACUUGUAUUGUGCCGCGUGUUUCGCUGAGCUCGACGUAAACGGAGAAACAGAAAUUUUGAUGUGUGAUGACUGUUCAGAAGUCUCUUAUUGUUCGCUCAAAUGCCAGAGGCAGGAUUGGAGAAGUGUACAUCAGUUCGAAUGCGAGAUUUUGAGAGCUCAAAAAGCCAAUCAGAAACCGAUGACUACGACGAUGCGUCUGUGUAUUCGAACUCUUCUCGUUACACUUCGCAAUUCAGAACGUACUCCCAGUUUCAAUGGAGCAAUUAUUGAGGAUUUGGAGACAAAUUACAAAGAAUACCGGUCCAGUCCAUCUCACAACCAAUUUCUCGGCGACAUGGUGACAAUUAUCAAAAGUGUUGGACAUAGUUAG